CGUGGCAACACUCAGCCAGCGUUGUGCGCUGGUGUGUUGUGCAAAAAUGGAAAGGAAGAUGGAGGAGAACAUGAGAGACGUCGACGCUGGCAGUGAAGCUGGAGGAGAGGAUGCCUUAGUGGGCAAUGUGAACAAGCUGAUGGUGACUCCACCAGGAUACACAGGAGUUCCACGGAAAGGCCACCUUGUCUUUGAUGCUUGCUUCGAGAGUGGUAACCUUGGACGUGUUGAUUACAUCAGUGAAUUUGAGUUUGAUCUGUUCAUCAGACCUGACACCUGUAACCCUCGCUUCAGAGUUUGGUUCAACUUCACAGUGGAAAACGUGCGGGAGACACAGAGGGUGAUUUUCAACAUUGUCAACUUUAGCAAGACCAAGAGCCUGUAUAGAGAUGGCAUGUCUCCAGUGGUGAAGUCCACCAGCCGGCCUAAAUGGCAAAGACUCCCGACUAAGAAUGUGUACUACUACCGUUGCCCUGACCAUCGGAGAAACUACGUGAUGUCUUUUGCCUUCUGCUUUGAUCGAGAGGAUGAUGUGUACCAAUUUGCUUACUGCUACCCCUACACCUACACCAGACUGCAGCACUACCUGGACAGCUUGGAGUGCAGGAACCUGGACUACCUGCAGAGGGAGCAGCUGGGGCUCAGUGUGCAACAGCGACGUCUUGACCUCCUAACCAUCACCAGCCCUGCUCAACAGAAUCCAGAGAAGGUGAAGAAGCUAGUUGUCCUCACAGCCCGUGUACACCCUGGGGAGUCGCCUGCAUCCUUUAUCUGCCAAGGAGUGAUUGACUUCCUAGUCAGCCAGCACCCUGUGGCCCAAACCUUGCGUGACCAUGUCAUCUUUAAGAUUGUACCCAUGCUCAACCCUGACGGCGUCUACUUAGGCAACUACAGGUGUUCUCUGAUGGGCUUUGACCUUAACCGUCACUGGCAGGAGCCAUCCCCCUGGGCCCACCCCACCCUCCACGCCGUCAAGCAGCUCAUCGUCCAGCUCAGUCAAGACCCAGUAGGGCUGGAGUUCUACAUUGAUGUUCAUGCCCACUCCACCAUGAUGAAUGGCUUCAUGUACGGGAACGUGUUUGAGGAGGAGGAGAGAGUCCAGAGACAAGCCGUGUUCCCUCGCCUGCUCUGCCAAAACGCCCCAGACUUCUCCUUUUCCAACACGUCAUUUAACCGCGACGUGGUGAAGGCUGGCACCGGGAGGCGCUUCCUGGGUGGCCUGCUGGACGACACGUCCUACUGCUACACCCUGGAGGUGUCCUUCUACAGCUACAUGGCAGCGGGGAGCACGUCGCCCGUUCCCUACACCGAGGACACCUACAUGAAGCUUGGAAGAAAUGUUGCCCGCACCUUCCUCGACUACUACAGGCACAACAACUUCAUUGAUGACAACAAACUACAAAUCUCAAAUCACAUCAAUAGUAUGGAGGUAUUGUCCCAGGGUCGACAGGGGAAUGGAAAUGGGAAUGGGAGGACUUCUGGGAGUGAGAGAGGAGCAGAGAGGAAGAACCAGAGUAUCACAGGAGAGUACUAGACACCUGGCAAUAACAUACUGGAGAGACCAGUCCAGUCUGACCACUGUAUAAGGCUCCUGACUCACAGCCCUACACUAUAUCCACACAGCCCUACACUAUAUCCACACAGCCCUACACUAUAUCCACGCAGCCCUACACUAUAUCCACGCAGCCCUACACUAUAUCCACGCAGCCCUACACUAUAUCCACACAGCCCUACACUAUAUCCACACAGCCUUACACUAUAUCCACACAUCCCUACACUAUAUCCACACAGCCUUACACUAUAUCCACACAGCCCUACACUAUAUCCACACAGCCCUACACUAUAUCCACACAGCCCUACACUAUAUCCACACAGCCUUACACUAUAUCCACAAAGCCCUACACUAUAUCCACACAGCCCUACACUAUAUCCACACAGCCUUACACUAUAUCCACACAGCCCUACACUAUAUCCACACAGCCCUACACUUUAUCCACACAGCCUUACACUAUAUCCACACAGCCCUACACUGUAUCCACACAGCCCUACACUAUAUCCACACAGCCCUACACUGUAUCCACACAGCCCUACACUAUAUCCACACAGCCCUACACUAUAUCCACACAGCCCUACACUAUAUCCACACAGCCCUACACUAU